GUGAUUUAUAGCCAUUUCCAGAAUGGCCGCUAAAAGAAAUGUGGAGUUGGGCUUUGUCGAAGAAAAAGAGAUAUUCCUUCUGAAAAGUAGAUUCUUUCCGAGCAAAGUAUGCGGUUUGCCCUCAUGGCUGUCAUUGAAUCUACUUCCAAGCGUGUUUGUUCGAAACCAACCGUGUUUCUUCUACAGUACAGGUCUACGCACCAGAUUCUUCAAAAAGUUUCGCUUUCCAUUGAAAAUGAUAUGCCACAAGCGAUUGAGCAGCCAUCAAUGGACAUUAGUGCUGAGCUGUCGACAGAAACUGUCAGUCAUCAUUUGCAGCCUCCUGACAGGCCUUUGGCUCAAAGAGACUCUGAUAUGGCAUCAGACAAUGAAAAUGAUUUGCCUCAAGCGAUUGAGCAGCCAUCAAUGGACAGUAGUGCCAAGCUGUUGACAGAAACUGUCGGUCAUCAUUUUCAGCCUCCAGACAGGCCUUCAGGUCAAAGAGACUAUGACAUGAAAUCAGCCAAUGAAAAUGAUUUGCCUCAAGCGAUUGAGCAGCCAUCAAUGGACAGUAGUGCCGAGCUGUUGACAGAAACUGUAUGUCAUCAUUUUCAGCCUCCAGACAGGCCUUCAGGUCGAAGAGACUCUGACAUGAAAUCAGCCAAUGAAAAUGAUUUGCCUCCAGCGAUUGAUCAGCCAUCAAUGGACAGUAGUGCCGAGCUGUCGACAGAAACCAUCAGUCAUCAUUUGCAGCCUCCUGAAAGGUCUUCAGCUCAAAGAGACUCUGAUAUGGAAUCAGGCAAUGAAAAUGAUUUGCCUCCAGCGAUUAAGAAGCCAUCAAUGGACAGUACUGCUGAGCUGUUGAUAGAAACUGUCAGUCAUCAUUUGAAGCCUUCUGACAGGCCUUCGGCUCAAAAGGACUCUGACAUGGAAUCAGACAAUGAAAAUGAUUUGCCUCAAGCGAUUGAGCAGCCAUCAAUGGACAGUAGUGCCGAGCUGUUGACAGAAACUGUAUGUCAUCAUUUUCAGCCUCCAGACAGGCCUUCAGGUCGAAGAGACUCUGACAUGAAAUCAGCCAAUGAAAAUGAUUUGCCUCCAGCGAUUGAUCAGCCAUCAAUGGACAGUAGUGCCGAGCUGUCGACAGAAACCAUCAGUCAUCAUUUGCAGCCUCCUGAAAGGUCUUCAGCUCAAAGAGACUCUGAUAUGGAAUCAGGCAAUGCGAUUGAUCAGCCAUCAAUGGACAGUAGUGCCGAGCUGUCGACAGAAACCAUCAGUCAUCAUUUGCAGCCUCCUGAAAGGUCUUCAGCUCAAAGAGACUCUGAUAUGGAAUCAGGCAAUGAAAAAGAUUUGCCUCCAGCGAUUAAGAGGCCAUCAAUGGACAGUCGUGCAGAGCUGUCGACAGAAACUGUCAGUCAUCAUUUGCAGCCUCUUGACAGGCCUUCGGCUCAAAAAGACUCUGAUAUGGAAUUAGACAAUGGCAAUGAAGUUGUUGAUGAUUCAGAGUCUGAUGUGGGAUCAGAAAUUUGGCCAUUUCCAUUUCUAAGGUCCAGGAAUAUCCAAAUUCAUGAACCAGAUGAAAAGGAUGAAUUCGAAGAUUGUGAUGACAAUGUUCUGGAUCCAGAUUAUCACCCUGAAGAAGACUCGCAGGAAAGUGAUAGUGACUGUGGCAACCUGAGAGAUAACUUUGGGAAAACAGGGAAAAAGAAACAGGUGCAUAGACCAUGUUAUUGUCAAGAGAAUGCUGCAUUGCUUGAUGCAUUUUCCUCCUACCUAGUCCCGAACUGCAGGCAUCUACCUAGGGAAAACGGGAGAUAAUGAAAGUUCAGGACAACUGCAAAGCACUUGGAAACAGAACAUGGAUGAACAUCAAGUAUCAGCUGAAAUAAUGCAGUGUAAAAUUUGAGUGUGAUUGACACUUGAUAAAACUUAGGAGGGGCAUUUCUGAAAUUCUGAGAAUGUGUGCAUAUAUUGUUAACUACUACAGCCUUCUCCCUCUUUAGACUUAGAAAAUCAGAAAAAUAGAUAAGAAGUCUGCACCAGGAAGGUGAUACUCUUGUUUUUGUGAUUGGAUGAAUAACACAUUUGGGAAAAAAUUAUGUUAAAGAAAUAUUCAAUGGGACAUCAUCACAUGGGUUUUGGGUCCUGAUUCUAUUAUUGUUUCCUGUCUCAUAUUAUUUGAUUGAAAUAUUUUACUGAUUGUAAAGUAUUGUGUAAGGCAAAUUCAAGAGUUUGUAUGUACAUGAUGUAUGUAAAAAUAUGUGUAUGAGGGUCAUUUAAAAAGUCUGCAGCAUUGCCAUAUUUUUGUAAUAACUUAUUUAAAGGUAUAUAUGUACGUUUGUCUGUCAGGUCAAUCUUUUGAGUGCAACUACUACAGUUUUGCAUGGAUGGCUUUCAAAUUUGGUAGAGCAACUAGACAUGAUGUAAUUAAUUAUGUUUGAUCAAUAGUGUCGUAUUUUAAGAACUGUUGCAGUCUUUUCCAAUACCUCUUGUAUAAGUGUAUAUAUAUGUUGUUUUUUUACAUUAAAGUUAGAACACCCAUUCAUUUAAUAUAGGCUGAUAAAGAAAGAAAUUCAGCAAUUUAUCCAUAACCCUAAGACUUAGGGCUUUGAUACUUUGUGUGUGUUUUUCUAAGUUGGCUCACCGAUUAUUGUCUUCUACCGGUUUCACCGGAGGGGACUUGUGGUUUGUGCUCUGUGUGUCUGUCUGUCUGUCGGUCCAUCACACUUUUCUGGAUCCUGUGAUAUACUUUAAAAGUUCUUCAUAUUUUUCACGAAACUUGAAACAUAGAUAGAUGGCAAUAUAGAUAUUAUUCAAAUCAUUUCAUUUUGUUCCUACAUCAAAAAUUCUGGUUGCUAUGGCAACAAAUAAAAAAAUCAAUAAAAAUUCUGACAAUUGUGGAGCUGGUAUGGGACAUAUAUUGCUUGGCAGUAGUCUUGUUUAACAUAAGAUGAUAAAGAAAGAAAUUCAGCAAUUUAUCCAUAACCCUAAGACUUAGGGCUUUGAUAUUUUUUGUGAUUUUUAUGUCCCCCACCGCUAUAUUGUUUUUGCCCUGUCGGUUGGUUGGUUUGUUGGUUGGUUUGUUUGUUUGCCCCAACUUUAACAUUUGCAAUAACUUUUGCAAUAUUGAAGAUAGCAACUUGAUAUUUUGCAUGCAUGUGUAUCUCAUGGAGCUGCUUAUUUUGAGUGGUGAAAGGUUAAGGUCAUCUUUCAAGGUCAAAUAUAUAGCUUCAAAGCGGCGCAAAAGGGGACAUAGUGUUUCUGACAAACACAUAUCUUGUUUUGUUUAAGUUGGCUCACCCAUUUAUUUAACAAAGUCUGAUGUAGAAAGAAUUACAGCAAUUUACCAAUAACCCUAAGACUUAGACACAUGUUAUCAUACCUCACAGAAUAUGCCAAUGCACAUUUCACCUAGGCCUAUAAUGCAGAACUCUGUAUUAUUUAUAUUAUGGGGCUAAGUGACUGUUUGUAAUAAAAAUAUGCCAUGAAACUUCUGAAAAAGAACAAAUGUUCAACCAUUUAACAAUGUUUUUCUAUUAUAUAUCAAUUUUUCAAUAGUUACACUAUAUACAUGCUGCUUGAAAUUUGCUGUACUGAUGAUACAUAUAAACUGUACUUUAAUUAUUGUUCAAAUGUUGUUCCCAUUGUCCAGUCUUUUACAAUGUAAGGUAUUUUUGUAUUGGUAAGAAACAUUAAGAAUUAUUAUGGACAGGUGUUGCUAGUUUCAGUAUAAUGAUAAUUUUGAAUUUUUUUUUACCAAUGUAAUAGGAACCUCAUAUGACGAAUUUUAUGUUAUAAAAGAACAAAAUGAAGAUAAACCGCAUGCUCAAAUGUGAAAACCGCUAUAUCUUUCCUGACACCAAAAUAAUAUGCUCUUGAAAAACCUUGAAGCAAAACUUUGUAUAGAUUUAAAGUAACGAGAAUUGUGAUGUUAUUAACAUUGUGUUCAUAUUCAUAUUCUGAUGUUAUUUUGAAAGGUAAAACAUACUUAAAAUGAUAUAUUUGUAUAGCUGAUAGUUGAAAGUCCUCUAGUGUGUCAAAA